UUUAAACCUUAAAUCUGUAUAAUUUUCCUUUCAAUAAGGUCAUUUAAAAGGUGUUGCCCCGCCCCUAGUAUCUUUCUCUCCGUCUCCAGCCGCCGCAAGGAGAGGAGUUGCUGCCAUGUCCGCGCAUCUGCAAUGGAUGGUCGUUCGGAACUGCUCCAGUUUCUUGAUCAAGAGGAAUAAGCAGACGUACAGCACAGAGCCCAAUAAUCUGAAGGCCCGAAACUCCUUACGCUACAACGGGCUAAUUCACCGCAAGACCGUUGGAGUGGAGCCCGCGGCUGAUGGCAAAGGGGUCGUGGUGGUUAUGAAACGCAGAUCCGGUCAGCGAAAACCUGCCACUUCCUACGUGAGGACCACCAUCAACAAGAAUGCUCCGGCUACCCUCAGCAGCAUCAGGCAGAUGAUCCGAAAGAACAAGUACCGCCCUGGGGCUGGGGAUUUAGCUCAGUGGUAGAGCGCUUGCCUAGGAAGCACAAGGCCCUGGGUUCGGUCCCCAGCUCCGAAAAAAAGACCAAAAAAAAAAAAAAAAAACAAACAAGUACCGCCCUGAUCUGCGUAUGG